AUGGCAGAACAGCAAGAGAUUCACAGAAUCUCCAAGCAGAAGGUGUACAAGCCAGACAAGCCCUCACCUUUGCCUGCAGCGCGGUAUUAUUGCUUCACAGCUUGCUUCCCGACGCUGCUCCCGCCUACCGUCCAAACUCCGACCCCGCUGGCUGCGCCUGGGCAGAGAGACAUGGCUGGGCCGGGCAUUAGCACGCAAGCCUUGGCGGCUGCAACCCUGCUUUUUCUAGCCACCGCCUCUGGAUCUACGGACCCUGGGAGCGGGAAAAGCUGGGGGUCGUCGCGGAUCCCUCCCCAGUUCGACGAGGAGGAGCGCGUCGCUCUUAAGGAGGCUCUGAAAGGUGCCAUCCAGAUUCCCACAGUGUCUUUCAGCCAUGAGGAAUCCAACACCACAGCCCUUGCGGAGUUCGGAGAAUACAUUCGCAAAGUCUUCCCUACAGUGUUCCACAGCAGCUUUAUCCGGCACGAAGUCGUGGGAACGUAUAGCCACCUGUUUACUGUCCAAGGCUCAGACUCCAGUUUGCAGCCCUACAUGCUGAUGGCACACUUUGACGUGGUCCCUGCCUCUGAAGAAGGAUGGGAGGUGCCCCCAUUCUCAGGCCUGGAGCGUGACGGCUUCAUCCACGGCCGGGGCACACUGGACAACAAAAACUCUGUGAUGGCAAUCCUGCAGGCCUUGGAGCUUCUAUUGAUCAGAAAUUAUAGCCCCAAAAGAUCCUUCUUCAUAGCUUUGGGCCACGAUGAGGAGGUGUCUGGGACAAAGGGAGCUCUGAAGAUGUCAGCACUCCUACAGGCCAGGGGUGUUAAGCUGGCCUUCCUUGUGGACGAAGGGAGCUUUAUCUUGGAAGAUUUCAUCCCAAACCUCAAGAAGCCCUUUGCCAUGAUUUCGGUCUCAGAGAAGGGUGCCCUUGAUCUCAUGCUGCAAGUAAACAUGACUCCGGGCCACUCUUCAGCUCCCCCAAAGGAGACAAGCAUUGGCAUCCUCUCUGCCGCUGUCAGCCGACUGGAGCAAACACCAAUGCCGAACAUGUUUGGAAGUGGGCCACUGAAGAAGGCAUUGAAGCUGCUGGCAAACGAGUUUUCUUUCCCUGCCAACAUAGUCUUGAGCAACCUGUGGCUCUUUCGGCCCAUUGUGAGCAGGCUAAUGGAGAGGAAUCACAUAACCAAUGCACUGGUCAGAACCACCACAGCCCUCACCAUAUUCAAGGCAGGGAUCAAGGUGAAUGUCAUCCCUCCAUUGGCUCAGGCUACAAUCAACUUCCGAAUUCACCCUUCGCAGACAGUACAUGAGGUCCUAGAGCUUGUCAAGAGCAUCGUGGCGGAUGACCGAGUCCAGUUGCAUGUGUUGAGAUCCUUUGAUCCCCUUCCGGUCAGCCCCUCUGAUGAGCAGGCCAUGGGCUACCAGCUGCUCCAACAGACCAUACAGUCUGUCUUCCCGGAAGUCAAUAUUGUUGUUCCAGGUAUUUGUAUUGCCAAUACAGACAGCCGACACUAUGCCAACCUCACUAACGGCAUCUAUCUGUUCAACCCCGUUUUCCUGCAGUCUCGGGACUUCAGUAGUAUCCAUGGAAUCAAUGAGAAAAUCUCGGUCCAGAACUACGAGAACCAGGUGAGGUUCAUGUUUGAGUUGAUCCAGAACGCCGACACCUACAAGGAGCCAGUUCCUCACCAGCAUGAACUGUGAGGACCCAGCUGGGCGAGGGGUGCCCAGCACUGGGCCAGGACUGACCUAUGGAGGAGACAGAGAGAGAUCUGGUAUUGAUGAAAGGUUGGGUGGGAACCACCUUGUGACACAGUUCCUCUGCCUGGCUCCCUCUCCACUCACCACAGAACAAGCUCUGAGGAGGAAGAGAAGAUGAUCAGAAUCUGGCCUGUCAGCCAGGUGGUGGUGGUACAUGCCUUUAGUCCCAGCACUCGGGAGACGGAGGCAGGCCA